AUGGAGGAAGAAGAUAAAGCUUUUGAAGACUUGGAAUGUCAUAUAUGUCUACAAACGAUAUCGGAGAUAGUGUCACUGUUCUCAGUGGGCCAGAAAAGAGGUGAUAAGAAGUGUACACAUAGCUUCUGUAAUUCAUGUCUGGCACCAUACUUUGACAUGAGGAUGAAGUCGAAAUUGACGGUGGAAUGUCCAGUUUGUCGUGAACCAUUUGAUGGUUUCAUCGUUAACAAUGUAGCAAAGAAGAUAUUCGAGACUGCCAAGACAUUCUCUGCAACAAAGAAGUUAUUAGAGACUGAACUAGAUAAACAAAGAGAUGAAUAUAUAAGAUAUAAGGAUAAUGUUGAAAAGAAUGAUGAAGUUAGACAAGAGAUGGAGAAUAGGAUACAGAGAUUGGAGAUGGAUUUGAGGACUUUGGAACAACAGAGGGAAAAGUCAGAGACGGAGAAUGGCUCAUUGAUCAGGAGUAUGAAGGAGUUCCAAGAGCAGCAGGAUUAUGAACGUCAGCAAUACCAGGAGAACAUCAAUCACUAUCACAAGCAGAUCAACGACCUGCAACAGAACAACACGGCACUGAAUGAGAGCUUUGCGCAUCAGCGCGGUCGCACCAAGCUGGCGGAGGAGCGUGCCAAUCAGUACGCCAAGCAAAGUGAGGAGUUGGGCAACCAGCUGCACGAGUUGGACGCAGGCAGCAAGCACGCCCAGCGCGAGAAGGCCGCACUGGUCGAGCGCACGCGCGACUUGGAGUCGCGACUGCGCCAGAGCGAGCGACAUCACGAGCAGCUGCAGCAGAUGCUGGACGAGUCCAAGAGGCAGAUGGCCGAGGAGAAGCGCAAAUAUCUGAUCAAUGCCGACGAGCACUCGAGGAGCAACGAUCGCAUCCACGACCUGGAGGGUGCGUUGGCGAGUGUUCGCGUGGAGCAAGCCAAGAAGGAGCACGAGACCGAACAACUACGACGAAAGAACAGACAACUGGAGAAGGAGCUAGAGGACAUGAAGGCCAGGCAGAACCCCGCCAAGCAAGAAUCCUACCUCGACCUCAUCAAGAUGAACACCAUCACCUCAUUCUUUAGCAAGGCUUCAACGAAUGACUUUAUCGUCCCCUUCAAAGACUUUACAAUCAAGGAAAGAAGAGGAACAAACAGGAACAACUAUAUUGUUAGAGCUAUCACCAAGUCGAAUACACAGUGCAUUCUGAAACAGAUCAACUUCCAACCCCCAAGUAGACUGUACUACUCAUCGGUGCCAACUGACAAUGAUUUGGCGGCAUUCCGCGAGUCAAUGAUACUGUCCAAGCUCAAUCACAUCAAUCUGCUCACGGUCGACAACAUGACAAAGGACGACGCGGGCAAGUACUGCGCCGUGAUGUCGCCGUUCGUGCCCAACGACCUGGAGUUUCUGCUGGCGGCGCAGAAGCACAAGCCGUUCGACGCCAAGACGGUCAAGUUCAUCGCCUACCAACUGGUCUCUGUUGUGCACUAUCUCCACUCGCAGGAGCUGGUGCAUCGCGACAUUAAGCCCACCAGCAUCCUGUUGUUUGACGACUACCAGAUGAAGCUGUGCAGUUUCAAGCUCUGUGUCUCUGUGAUGGCCUCCACCACCAUCCUGAUCCCGCCAACCUUUUCCAACUACUCAUCGCCCGAGAUCAUCCUGAAUUGUGGCAUCACUCAAAAGAGCCUCGACUGGAAAGCGAUCGACAUGUGGAGCAUUGGCUGCAUCAUUGCAGAGAUGCUCUUUGGACAAUCGUUGCUCAACCUCCAGCAGGGCGGCGACGGCGUGCUGACGUCGGGCACGUCGAUGGGCCUCCUCAUGACCGACCAACAGGGCAGUCUGGGCAGCGUCAAUGGGCCGCGCAUGUCUCUUCUGCGACAGAUCAUCAACUUUAGAGAGUGUGCGCCAAAAGAUGCCAACUACUUCACCAAUCAGAACAUCGACCUGCGCUUCAACCCGACCAAGUCCAUCGUGUCGGAUCGCGUCGACAGCAAGGGCAAUCCAUUGGCGGGCAUCAGUCGUGAGGUGGUCGAUCUACUGAGCCAACUGCUUCGCUUCGAUCCCAACACACGCAUCACGUCGAAGGAGGCCAUCGAGCAUCCCUACUUCACCAGGGACCCCAGUCUGGUGCUUUGCGAUUCCAGCUCCUACGCCGACAUUGCGUCCAGUCUCACCGAUAGGAACAUCAGAGAGUAUGUCAAGGAGAAGUGUAUAAUAUAA